UGCGCUAGUAAACAAAUGGAUUCCAUGUGGGUUUGGAAACAUCACGUAUUUUUCUAACUGAGCAGAAGAAAUUUUGUUAAUCAUGGAUACCAGUUGUACUUUAUCAUCAUCCAUUUCCUAAUCAAGAUUUAUCCGUUGAUGUCAAAGAUUACAUAGAAACUAAACAAUCCAUGAAGCUAAAGUAAGAUGUGGUCAAUAAAGUUACUACAGAGGUCAUUGAGAAAAGGCUUCAGAACAAAUUACUGUAGAAGUCAACAAUGGUCAAAAAACUUUUCUUCAACAUCAAAUCUUCUCACAAACAAGAGGAGAAAGUUUUAUCCCACGGAUCAGAUCCAGAAUCUGGAGGAUUUUGAGGAACAUGCGAGUCCCGAGGAGAAGAGGCUAUUUCAGAUUGUCCAGUCAGAAUAUCUGGCACUCUGCAGGAUGGGCAAAUUAGAUAUGCCUGAUCCCACUGAUACACAGUGGUUGAAUACAAUGAAUCUAGAAGGCAAAAGUGCCAGGGAAAAACAUUUUCUCUUUCUUCAGAAAAAUCACUGGAAAAGGUCUAAGCAACCCCGUGAAAAAGUGACAACAGAAAGGAACCCAGAUAUUCCCGAGCGCUUUUACAAGGACAUGUUUAACUUUACAGAGAGGCUGAUAAUCAACAAUCGCGUGGGUCAGGCCACCAUGCUAGAGGACCCGAUUCUGAUUGACCUAGGCUUCGCUGACUCGUUAGUUUACAGUGAAAUCGUUCACGUGGCCAGACAAUUGUUUUCUUUAGUCGAGUGCAUCAACAGAUCUGCUUUCGAACCAACACCGACUCUGAAUAUAAUGUUUUGUAAUGCUAAGCCGUCGUUGGAAGACAAUGAGUUUUUAAAAGUUUUUCGGUCCAAGGAGUACUGCGGUAGUCGUAGGACCUUGAAUGAUCUUCCUGUGUCACUAAUCACAGACAAGAGUUACCUGGACUUGUUUCCGAGAGAGGAACUGGUGUAUCUUUCGCCAGAUGCCAAGCAUUAUUACAUUCCCGAGCAAGACGGGAUACCUAUUAUUGGUGCUAUAGUGGAUAAGACAACAAAAGACAAGUUGUCGUACAGCAGGGCGUUUGAGGAUAACAUUAAAAUACGCAGACUGCCCAUUGAUAUUGGUGACACGAUUUAUGGAUCCAAGAGGUUGGCUCUGAACCACGUUGUGAAAUAUCUGGCCAAACUUAAAUUCACUGGGGAUCCAAUGGAAGCUAGAACUGUAUUACCGCGGAGAAAAUUUAUAAAACCGGAAGAGAAGAAACACAAAAAAUACCGCAAUGUUGUUAUCUAGAGAGAUCAGAGAUUAUGAUGUAUUUGACUUUUAAUUAAGAAGAUUAAAUCAUUUACAAAUUUAUUACUGAUUUCAAUAUAAUUUUAAAAACAGGGAGAAUUCAUUAUAUGACAGUUAACUGUUAACCAGAAAUAUUUUAGGAAAAUUUAGAACAGGGUAAUAUCCUUUGCAAGUUGAUACUGGGUUAAAAAAUAAGGGGGCAAAAAUUUCACUGUAACUAUACAGUAAAUACAUAGUUGUCCAUUAGACAACAAAACAUUGAAUAUCAGCUGUUUAUUAAGUUUGAUGCAUGCUGCUGCAAGUACAGUCCUUCAUCUAUUUUUCUUGUGGAAAUGGAAAGUAUUUGACGUAAUCAUAUUUCUGUAUUUCAACCAUAAAUACAUAGAGACGAACCCUGUUAUCUCAAAUUAGAUGAGACUGAGAAAAAACUGAGAGAUAUAACGCAAGAUUCAAACUGUGAGGGGUGAAAUACAUAAAAACAAGUGAUGUACGCAUUUUCCAAAUCGCUCUGACAUAUCCAUGGUAUUUGAGAUACAGGGGCCCUUUUUACAAAGAACUUAGGACUAAAACUAAAAUUUAAUUCUUUUAAUUUUCUAAUUUACAUUAGGCACCAAUGGUUUUAAUCUUUUUAAAAAAGGAAUGUAGAAAGAUAUGUUAUCAAUUUUAAAAAGAAUCAUUUAUUCUGCAAAAUUUUACAAUCUCCUAAAGUUUUUACCCAGUAGUCUUAAUCGUAAGUUCUUUUGUAGAACGCCCCUGUAACUCAAAUACCAUGGAUAUGUUGGAGCGAUUUGGAAGUCAAACACUUGUUCUUUAUGUAUUUCACCCUUCAUAUCUUGAAUCAUUGGAUAUCUCAAAGUUUUUCUCUCAGAUGGUUGAGAAGUUCUUCCAUUAGGAUGCCAUUAUUAUAAGCAGGGUUGUCCCUCAGACCCGGGGGCCAGAAAAUUUCCUCGUAUAUAAGGAUGUAAUCCGCCAGUUAUUUUGAUACCUAAACUCCUCAUCAGGGGAAGAAACUCAUGAUCUUGUUUUACUUUUUGAAUAUAUAUAUAUAUCCCCUUCUAUUUUAAUUUUUAGGGACAACCCAGAUAAAUCAAAGGUCUUUUGACCUUAUUAAUACCAGAAAUGUUUACAUUGAUAUAUGUUUAACUUUGAAUGAUCUUUUUUUACAAUUUUUUUUACUCCCAAAUUUGAGAAACCAAGAUUCAGACUGUCAUGAUCAGCUUCUGUGUUGACAGAGAUCGAUCAUUAAAUUAUAUAUGUACAGAACAAGUUAAUUUUUUUCUGUUGCAUUUUAUUCUUCUGGAAAUAUAACAAACUAACAAUGAAAUGGAUGAAAGAAUAUACAAGAUUCAAUAUGACUACAUAUGUAAUUACUUUUCCUAAAAAGCUUUAAAAUAAAUUUUUGACAUUGAUAAUCUUUUCUUAAUUUAUUGUUACCUACAUGUAUCUAUUGAUCAGCAAAACUUGU